AUGGCGGACCAACACGGCAGCUCGGGCCAGAGCGUGCCUUCAUCGCGCAUUAUUGUGAAAAAUUUGCCGAAACACAUCCAAGAGCCACGCUUGCGUGAGCUGUUUGCAAAGUAUGGCGAGCUGACCCAGGUCAAGCUUUUGAGCAAACGGCGCAUGGCCUACAUCGGCUUUAAGGACGUAGACUCAGCAACCGCCGCCGUGAGCAAGGAGAACGAUGUUUUCGUCGACACCUCCAAGAUUGAGGUCGCACAUGCCCUGGCUGUCGGCGAUCAACGCCUCCCUCGGCCUUGGUCCAAACAAUCGCGAGGCUCCUCGGCCUACGAGUCACGCGAGGUAGAGUGCUUGGACCUACCCGGCGCUAUCGAAGCCUGUGUUCCCCUUCUGCUUCAUCUUCGACUGGGCUCACGCUGUCUACCUCAAACGCCAUGUCUUGUCCAGUCGCAACGUUUGCGCAUGAUUGCCAAGCUCACCGGCGCACUGCAGGAAUCUGACGGUGCACCGUCGAAGAAGAAAAAGAAGUUGCCCGCCGCUCUGGCUCAGGACCAGGAACAGCUGGCGCGCCUCGAGAAGUUGGCCCAGGAUCCAUCAGCAGACCCCCAGCUGGCUGAGUACAUGCAAUUGAUGGGCAAUACAGGCCGCCAAAAGACCUGGGCCAACGAUGCUUUGCAGUCAUCGUUGCCCAACCCGACGCAGGCCGUGGCCGGUCCUUCCUCAGUGGAAAAAGACCAGCCCAAACCGAAGGUUGCCUACGAUGACGACAAUGACAGCGACGACGAGGAAUACCAGGAUUUGCCAGUUGCCGCUGAUCAAAAGAGCGAUGAUGCUCGUGACGACAUCGAUACAGAGGGAGCAGGCGAAGAUGUGCAGGCUGUAGUGGCCCUGCAGAAGCAAAAGGCAGCCAUGUCAAAUUUGGAUUGGCUUCGGUCCAAGACUGGCGAGUCUUCGGCAGCUGAUUUUGAGGAUGACGACGCGGAAGCGGAGGAGGAGGAUCCCUCCAUGCUGGAAGAUGGUAAAACCACAGAUCGGCAAAGCAACGACGACAGCGACGACGACAGCAACGACGAUGAGGAGGAGGAUGAAGAUGCGGAUGAGGAUCAGGAUCAUGACGAGAGUGAUAAUGGCAACAAGGCGGAGAAAAAGCAGUUUUCUACGGAUCAGGAUGGCCUGGAAGCUAUCUUCCAGCGCACAGAGGCACAAACCGCUGGUAGCGAAGAGGUCGAUAGUGACGCUGAGGAGCUGGAUGAGGCACCUGUGGAAGAAUUGACAAAGCCGGAGCGUUUCUUUACCGUCCGUGUUCUGGGCCUGCCCUUCAAAGCCCGUGAACCCGAGAUCGUUGGCUUUUUCAAGCCACUCAAGCCCAUCGACGUGCGGCUUCUCUUCGACAAGCGCAAGCGCUCCAGUGGUCGUGCUUUCGUUGACUUUGCCACGAAACCAGAGUGGAAGAAGGCGCUCGAGAAGCACAAGAGCAAAAUGGGCAAACGCUACAUCGAGGUGACAGCGGCCAUCCCGGAGCGCAACAUCAUGCAACAGAUUGAGAAGCUGGAGCCGGAAGAUAAGCCCAAAAAGGACUAUCCCGCACCUUUGCGACCCGAAGAUGAGGACAUUGGCGAAUCCGGCCGUUUGUUUGUGCGCAAUCUGCCGUAUGCUUGUCGGGAAGAUGAGCUCCGCGAGCUCUUUGAGGCUUUUGGUCCCUUGUCAGAGCUGCAUAUGCCGAUUGAUGGCGAAACCAAGAAGCCCAAGGGCUUUGCGUUUAUUACUUUUGUCCUCCCCGAGCAUGCCAGCCAGGCGUUUCAAAACUUGGACAAUACCAUUUUUCAGGGCCGUCUUUUGCACGUGCUGCCGGCUCGCCACAAGCCCGGAACGGAUGCUGACUUUGAAGUCGAGGAGGGCAGCAACUACAAAAAAGACAAGGCCACCAAGCAGAAGCAAAAGGCUGGUGAUGCCUACAACUGGAGCACACUGUUCCUCCGUCAGGAUGCCGUGGCCGAAGCCAUGGCCGAUGAAUUCGGUGUUUCUAAAGGCGAACUGAUGGAUGAUAGUGGAGAAGCCUCGCUGGCUGUGCGAAUGGCCUUGGGCGAAUCAAACAUUAUCGCAGAGAACAAACGGUUUCUUGAAGAGCAUGGCGUCAAGCUUUCAGCAUUUGACACUCGCAUUGGCAAGCGCAGCACAACGACUCUCCUGGUGAAAAACUUGCCGUUUGCAGCGGAGGAGAAGACAUUGCGACCCCUUUUUGAAGCGCAUGGUGAUCUGAGCAACUUUGUCAUGCCUCCUUCGCGAACCAUGGCGCUCGUUGAAUACAUGGAGCCGAGUGAGGCACGUCGUGGUUUUCGCAAGUUGGCUUAUCGCAAGUACAAGGAUGAGCCGCUCUAUCUGGAAUGGGCACCGAAACAGUGUUUUGUCGACUCGCCAGAAGAACCUACCACCGACUGGCCCGCUGACUCGGCUUCCAAGGCAGAACCAACAGCGCAGGCAACCGCAGCGCCUGCGGCGCCUGCCGAGGCACCGCCUCAGAAGGAACGCACCGAUGUCAACAAGAAGGCGAACAAGAAGAAAGCGGCGACCAAGGACGACACUACGCAGCAACAAAAACCACACGAUGCUGCGCAAUCUUCAAAUUCGAGCCAGUCUGCGAAAGCCCACCCUGCAGAAGAACUCUCCGGCAAAGACGAAGGAGCUGAGGAGGUGGAUACGAGUGGCCCCAGCUCAAGCGUCUUCGUCAAGAACCUGCACUUUGACACGGACGAAGAUGCGCUGCGUCAUCAUUUUGAGGGCAUUGGACCGAUUCGUUCGGUUCGGGUGGCUCGCAAACCGAACCCCAAGGAGCCGAGUCGACCGCUCUCCAUGGGCUUUGGCUUUGUGGAAUACAAGUCGCGUCAAGAUGCCGUGCGAGCCAUUAAGAUGCUCCAUGGCUCGUCGCUUCAAGAGCAUACGCUUGAGUUGAAGAUGUCGGAGCGCACAGGUGCCCCUCUCACCAAGCGCGAGCGCCAGGGGAAGAAAAUGAAGGCCAAGUCCAACAAGUUGGUCGUCCGCAACAUUGCCUUUGAAGCGACACCCAAGGAGGUGCAGCAGCUCUUUUCGCCACACGGCAACAUUGUCUCCGUACGCCUGCCCCGCAAGCAAUAUGACGGCACACAUCGCGGCUUCGCUUUCAUCGAGUUUUCCACGAAGCAAGAAGCCCGCGAUGCCUUUUCGGCGCUCAGCGGCACGCAUCUAUACGGUCGCCGCCUUGCCAUGGAAUUUGCCGAAGACGAUGAGAGUCUGGAGACCCUUCGACAGAAAACUCAGCGGUCCAUGCACCAGUCUGACAGCGGCGAUCGCCGUGACCGCAGCAAGCGCAUCAAGUUCGAUGAUUGA